AUGUUGGGCCAUUUGAACAUGAAGUCAUCUAAUGAGACCACCACCACCACCAACAACAACAACCCCACCCCACAACCCACAUCAUCAUCAAUUGAUGCAACCUCAAACAACUUCCCUGACCUAUCGACCCUCCCCCUAAUCGGCCGCGACUAUUUUAAAGCCUCAUCCAAACCAAUCUACGAAGGAGCCAAUGGGAUAAUUUUCAAGGGCACCGACUCGCACCAUGCAAAACUAGUGGUACUCAAACGAAUAAAACAGAAAUCCGACGAAGAGCAUGCCAACUAUCUUAAUACCGUGUGGCGAGAAUAUCGCAAUGUCAAAUCAUCAGCAGCUUGCAAGAAUAUCAUUCCUAUUUUGGAUGUUGCUGCUAUAUUGAAGAAUGCCAGUAGGAGCAGAAGCAGUAGUCAGCAACUGGAUGAGCCAGGGGAAGAUGAAAGGCGGAAGCAGCAUGAACAACAAGAAGAGGAACAACAAGAAGAUCCUAAUCUACUUUUGGAAAAUGAAGUUUCACUAAUACUACCAUUCUACCCACGGGGCGACUUGCUCGAUUUUCUAUCCAAAUCAAGACGGUUCCAAAUCGAAAUCUCACCCAAUUUGCGUGAUACCUUAUUCAAACAAAUUGUCCGCGGUGUAAAUUUCCUUCAUAAACACAACAUCGUGCAUCGUGAUUUAAAACCGGAAAAUAUUCUUAUCGAUGAUGACGGUGUGUUGAAGAUUAGUGAUUUCGGAUACAGUUUCAACCUCAAUGAUACCGAUGCCAUUACUGCCAGUUUUAAAACUAAUCCGCAUUUUCUCAUUUCCGGUACCCCCAGUUUCAAAGCGCCCGAGUUGUUUGAUAUUGAAGUACAAUUACAACUGGAUGAAUUUAGCAUUAAUCAAUAUAGUGUGUCUUCCCAUAGUUAUCAGAGUUUAAAGUACCUUGAUUUGUGGAGUUUGGGCAUAUGUUAUUUUGUCAUUUAUUUGAUGAAGUCGCCGUGGUCGUCGGCCAAUUCACAAGACCCAAAAAAUGUCGUAUUUCUCAAAUACAUUCAAAAUUAUCCUCAUAAGCAGGAGCAAAUCAAGUCAUUGUUGGCAGAGUUGAAUCGAUGUGGUGGUGGUAAUGGUGGUGGUAAUGGUGGAGUUAGUGGUGGGACUAGUCCAGGUGCAUCAGGCGGCGGUGGUGGCAUCAAUACAUCACCAAAUCAACGACCUCAACUUUCAACCCUCACUGGCUCGCUGUACAAUCAUCGCCACACGCCAAGCUACAACUAUAACAAUAAUAAUAAUAACAACAACAACAACAACAAUCGAAUUAGAAGUUCAAGUCAUUCUCAAAUAAACCCAUCAGGACUCAGCCUACACCAUCAUCACGCAAACGAAUCAAACUCAAACAACAAUAACAACACCACAAGCUCAUCGCAAUCUUCAUCUUCAUCAGCCAUUCCCUCACAUUCAAUCACUGGAUCCAACUCAGCACUCAAUUUAUUCAAGAGCUUGCACUACGACUCGCGUGAAUAUAUUUUGAAACUCCUUAAUCCUCAACCUAAUGCCAGAAUCAAUACCGCUGAUUUAUUAGACAGCAAAUGGUUGAGUCAAGCUUAUGCUAAUCCCAAAGAUUUAAUUAAAUUAAUGAAGUAA